AUGGAAGACAUCAACAUCCCUUCCCCAUCUGCUAUUCUAGACGUUCAGCGUCCCUACGCAUCGGCUGCCGGGCAUUCCAACCCGUCUGUCUCCCCCAAGAACUCGACUGCAGGCCAGCGAGGUGCUGCCAAAGAUCGUAGCAAGCCGAAGCAGACCAAGAGCCGUAACGGCUGCCAGACUUGCAAGGACAAGCGAUUGAAAUGUGACGAGACGAAGCCAAGUUGUAUUCAAUGUAGGAAGCGAAACGUGACAUGUGAAGGAUACAUAAAGAAAUUCAAAUGGCGCAACGGCUUUGGGCAGAAGAGUUUCGUUGGGGGAACGAAUGGCAGUGCAAAUACAAAGAAAGCUAUCCAAUAUCAGUCUAAUGAGAACCCAAGUACAGAAAAUUCAGGAUCCCCCAUUCCACAGAACCAAUCCAGGGCAUCAAAGUCACAGAAAGCUGCCUCUAGCCUUCCUUGCAUGGGCUCGGGGUCUUUUAUGGAUUUUGCUGACCUGCCCUCGAAGAAUGCAUCGCCUUCAAAACGCACGAACAGGCGUUCAUUCAGCGACAAGGAUUCGUUUAGCAACCCAGAUGAGUUUAUUGGUCAGCUAACGCCAGUGAGCUUCAAUGAAGACAUUCUCGCAUCGUCAUUCACAGACAUCUCGCCUUCAGACCAGAUUUCUUGGAUUUCUGAUUUCUCAUUGGCUGCAGUAGACCAAAGGCCGGGGAAUGGGCGCGAGCCCAAACGUGACCUUGGGCGCAACAACUCCUAUGCAGAAGAAGGUUUUAGCUUCGAAGAAUUAAUGGAGGUUGAUGAUGAGGAUAUCGAGGAGAUAGUACGAAGGCCCGACCGAAGCAUGAAGUCCGGGCGGCCGGAGAACGCCGACAUGACCAUCGCUCCGCACCAGGAACUAUUCAACAUCUGCAGAGAACCCAACCUCGGCAUUGCAAGCCCAGAAAUGCUGGUUUUGCAAUUUGAUAGGGUGACGUGUGGGAUAUUGUCUGUAAAGGACGGUGUCCAUGAGAAUCCGUGGCGAACUUUGAUCUGGCCGUUGGCUAAAGAGACUCCAGCUCUGUAUCAUGCUGUGUUUUCGCUUGCUGCCUUCCAUUCAAGCAAAGAGUUUCCGGCCUUGCGAGUUCACGGUGUGGACCAUAUGCGCCAGAGUAUCACCCACUUGGUGCACGACAUACGGAACAUGAGGGUUGAUGCAGCAUUAGCGACGAGCCUGGCGCUUGCGUUUGCCGAUACCUGGGACCAACACACUCGUACCUGCAUUCAGCAUCUGAAAGGUGCCAAAGCACUGGUCUCGCAAGUGGUGGGGCUCGGUGCUCAAGGCGAAAUGCGUGGGAUUAACCUGAGCAGGGUGCGUUUCCUCUACAACACGUGGCUGUAUAUGGACGUAAUUGCUCGCUUGACCUCUCGUGAAGAAUCGGGGGAUCAGGAGGUGAAUGCUCCCUUCUUUCAACUCCCAAGCCACGCUGUACAUGAAAUUGAUCCUCUGAUGGGUUGUGCAACGACACUAUUCCCUCUGAUAAAUCAAGUGGCUCGGUUGGUUCAGCGUGUUCGCAAGACGACAUCCAACUCCAUCUCGCUUAUUUCGCAAGCCAUAGAGCUGAAGAGGCUUGUUGAGCAGUGGGAGCCACCGCAAUUCUUCGAGCCUCCAGAGGACCCAUCUUCCGAGGUCCAGCAUAGUAUUCAAACAGCCCAUGCUUAUCGCUGGGCAACAUUGUUAUACCUUCACCAGGCGGUACCUGAGAUGCCUUCAGAGCCGACCUCUGAGCUUGCCAAGCGCGUGCUGAUUUUGUUGGCUACCGUUCCUUCAAGUUCUCGAACCCUGAUUAUCCAGAUGUUCCCUCUGUUGGCGGCAGGAUCCGAAGCAGAGCAAGAGGAUGAUCGUCAGUGGGUGUUGAGCCGGUGGGAAUCUAUUCAAACCCGCCUCAUGCUGGGCUCAAUUGAUCGCUGCAUUGAGAUAGUCCGCGAAGUCUGGGCACGCAGGGAUGCUUUCGAAGAUGAGAAACAACGGUUGCGGGGAUCGUCUGGGCGUGGGAUCACCUCUGUCAUGGAGAAUUCGGCGAACGAUAGAGUACCUCUCACCAGCCUUAGACCGAAUGAUCAGAUGGUCCGUAGUACCUACGCCAAGGAGCCAUGGAGGAGGACGAUCCAGGAGGAAUGGUUGACCUCUAAGGCUACUAUUGGGAACUCGCGACGGAGCUCGGCUAUGUCCCCGUUGGAGAAUAUUGAAUUCGAAAAGACGGUUCGGGGCAAAUUGCACUGGAUCAACGUAAUGCAGGAUUGGGGAUGGGAAGUGUUCCUCGGUUGA